AGUAGAAUAAUUGCCAAUAAACACAUCUCGUAUGCCUCCGACUUAAGUGCAGGCGAUUUGUGCACCAAAUUGACUUAACAAAUGCCAAAUCAUACAUUUGUCGCCGGAAGUCGUCGUGUGAAGCUUUUUGCAGUCGCUGACAGCUGUUUCGACUCGGUGAAAUGGAGCACAUCCGAACGCCAAAGGUGGAGCAGGUGAAGCUGUUGGAUCGCUUCAGCAACAAAUUCACGAAUGGCACACUGUACCUCACAGCAACACAUCUCAUCUUUGUGGAGAGCAGCUCAAACAACUCGACGUCUGCCGCACAGGAGAUCUGGAUUUUGCAUCACCAUAUAGCGUCUGUGGAGAAGCUCUCUCUGACCACCAUGGGCUGUCCUCUGGUCAUCCAGUGUCGCAACUUCCGGUUGGUUCAUUUUGUGGUCCAGAGAGAAAGAGAUUGCCACGACAUUUACAGCUCGCUGCUGCGUCUUCUACGGCCCGUGUCCUAUGAGGAACUCUACGCCUUCUCCUACAACCCCAAACAGAACGACCAACAGAGAGAGGAAGGAUGGCAAAUCAUCGACCUCGGGGCGGAGUUUGAGAGGAUGGGCGUCCCCUGCGACCAAUGGCAGCUCACGAACGUCAACAGAGACUACAAGGUGUGUGAGACGUAUCCACGGGACCUGUACGUUCCCAUCACAGCCAGUAAGCCGAUCAUUGUGGGCAGCUCCAAGUUCAGAAGCAAAGGACGCUUUCCUGUACUCACCUACUUCUACCAAGAAAAGAAGGCGGCAGUGUGUCGAUGCAGUCAGCCUCUCUCUGGGUUCAGUGCGCGGUGCCUCGAGGAUGAGAGCAUGCUGCAGGCGAUCAGCAAGGCCAAUCACAACAGCCGAUUUGUCUACGUCAUGGAUACCAGGCCAAAAUUGAAUGCGCUCGCUAAUCGAGCGGCAGGUAAAGGCUACGAGAACGAGGAUAACUACUCCAACAUCCGCUUCCAGUUUGUUGGCAUUGAAAACAUCCACGUAAUGAGAACCAGCCUGCAGAAGCUCCUAGAAGUGAUCGGGACUCGGUCUCUGUCCAUGAGCGACCACCUGGUUGGCCUGGAGAGCUGCGGCUGGCUGCGGCACAUCAAGGCUGUCAUAGAUGCCGCUAUCUUUCUCAGCAAGGCGGUGACGGUGGAAGGAGCCAGUGUGUUGGUUCAUUGUUCAGACGGAUGGGACAGAACAUCCCAGGUCUGCUCACUGGGGGCCCUGCUCAUGGACCCUUACUACCGCACUAUCAAGGGCUUCAUGGUACUGAUCGAGAAAGACUGGAUCUCUUUUGGUCACAAAUUUGCCGACAGGUGUGACCAGUUGGACGGGGAUCCAAAGGAAGUGUCCCCUAUCUUCACUCAGUUCCUCGAGGGUGUCUGGCAGCUGACAGAGCAGUUCCCACAGGCUUUUGAGUUCAGCGAGUGGUUCCUGCUGCAGAUUCACGAACACGUUCACUCCUGUCAAUAUGGAAACUUUCUUGGCAACAAUCAGAGACAGAGAGAAGACUUGCGGCUGAGAGAGCGGACCCACUCACUGUGGGCAUAUCUCAUGAGUGAAAAGCAGAACUACUUGAAUCCAUUCUACAGCCCGGCGUACUCUGAAAGGCACCCUGUGCUGGAGCCUUCCACUCUGCCCUCCCAUUUCAAGUUCUGGAGGAACAUGUACCACCAGUUUGACCGGUCUAUGCACCCACGGCAGUCCAUCCUCAAAACGGUCCUAACUCUGAGAGAGAACAGCCUCAAGGCCGAGGGCACAUUGCAAGCACUGGAGAACCGGCUCCAGCAGCUCGGUGUGACCCCCAUUGUGACCUCUGACCCUCCUCCGCCCACCAGAGAUCAGCGCAGCAACUCCAACACCCUCCCGCCACGUCCCGAUUCCCUCAUUCUUGGGGCGCCCAUAAGCCACAAAGAAGUGCAGCGGUGGGAGGAGGAGGACGAGCAGCAGCAGGAGGAGGAAGGGGAGGAGGAAGGGGAGGAGGAAGGGGAGGAGGUAGGCGAGGAGGCGACAGAGAGCACCGACACAGAGCGUACAGUGGAGGGGAGCAGCGGCAGCGAGAGCAGAAAGCAGAGCUACGGAGAGCUGGAAGGGACACACAACAGCGAGUUGGCCAAAGAGGAGCCAGCUGUUGUCAGCCUGGAGUUUGGAGUGGCGCACAUGACCUGCUGAGACCAAACAGAGGCAUUGUGGGAUACUGAGGGAAAGGCGCGGCCUACUGGGAGUGUGUGUGUGGCAAGGGGAAGCUGUCGCUCUGUAUGUGGUAACAUGCUGAUUACGCAAUGGUCCUAAAUGGGCUGAGUGAAUGAAGUUGUAUGUGUGUAUAGUCUAAAUAUCAAUGGAAAGGGUCAUUAUUAUGUCAUAUACUGCACACCUAUAGAAAAAAGCUUGUUUUUUUAUCAAUGUUGAAAAGCACUAUAGAGAACUAAUGAAUAAAAUAAGAGAAUAAAUUCAUCAA